UUUUUUUUUUUUUUUUUUGCAAACGAAUUGAAAAAUGUGUUCUGUGGGUGGAAAAUUCAGAUUUUAACAUUUUUAUACAUUUAUAAAGUUAAAAAGUCUGUGUGGGGGCAAGUCCAAAAUAGAGAAACUUUUGGCAAAUUUAAUAAGCCCUCUUAAAAAUGAAGAAAAAAAGAGAGAUAACUCUUAAAUAAUCUAUUCUUUAAAAGACUGAUUGUUUUGGAAGUUUUUUCAGCAUUAGACUUCACCUUUUUAUGCUGCGUUUCUCCCUGCGCUUUGACCUCUCCAAACAGCGGACUGCCCGGUGCGCACACGUUACGCACACAUGUCUAACUAAUUGAGUUCCGUUUCACUCGACAUGUUAAUUCGUUUACACCGAACAGCUCGUUUUUAUUUAACCACGAGGACUUUAGUUUAAUGGAGCGUGGACUGGUGUGCUUAAUGGCAGGUAAGCUUGGUUGAAGACAACAGUUGGGAUGUAUGUGUGUAAUGAUUGUCCUUGUCGCCAGUGUUCAUAUUUUACGUGACAAAGACUUAAUGGGGCCUCUUAAUGCGUAGAAGCCACAAUAGCACUGGGGGGUGGGGGCUUGUAACACUCUGCAUUCUGAUUUAUCCUUUUUGAUAUUUUUGCCUUUGAUGAGUAUCGAUUCUGUCUCUCCUUGGAAGUUAUAGAGCCUUCAACAAUAUAAAAUUAACUUUUGCGUCUUCGCACAACAUUUUCUUUGUUUUAAUUAUAGCCUACACUUUUUACCUGUUCGUUAUUCAAUGAAAAGUGGCAGCCUUUUCCGCGGAGAGCAGAGAUACGGAUCCCCCGAUUCACCUGUCUUUGCUGUAGUAUUUAACAGGUGUAGCACAUAUAGUCGCAGGCAAACAGAGAGUGUUUGCCAAGGGCAUUGAUUUGAGCAUGGUCAGUUCUGUUCAAUUAUUGUCAAACCGCGGGGCAGUCGAAAGGAAACACGAACAGAAUCUACUGCCAGUUGACAGCUUUGUGUAAACAGUGAAACCAAUGGUGCAGCAGGGUCACAUGGUCACGGUGGCACACCUAUGAGGCCCUAGAACGGCGCCAGACGCUCAGACUGCAGGUAGAGCAGAGGUCCUGAUCAGGGGCAGGGCGCUAGCUCAUGUGCUCGUGUACAGCACGGUUUCCCCGGUCUGUGGCAAUCAUGAAUCGGGAAGAGCACUAUUACCCACCUAACCAUCUGUACAAGGACUCUUGCGCCUUCCAGAGACACCCCAGCGAAGACUACUGCCAAAACCCUCCACCGUGUCUCUAUAUGAGUAGACAGACUCAGUCCGUCUACACCUCGCCGUCUUUGGGCUCACAGGACCAGCCAAGUCUUACCGACAUUACCUCUUAUAACAUGUCGACCCGGGAUGAUCUAGCAGGGCCUCAUCUUCACCUUCCUCAGACUCCACAGACAUCUCUACAGACGCUCGGGGGUUACGGAGACUCUCUUGACCUGUGCGGGGAUCGGAACAGAUAUCAUCUCCCAUUCCCCUGGAUGAAGUCAACUAAAUCUCACACGCACGCCUGGAAAGGACAGUGGACAGGCCCUUACAUGGUAGAGGCCGAGGAGAACAAGCGCACGCGGACAGCUUACACCAGAGCGCAGCUGCUCGAGCUCGAGAAAGAGUUCCUCUUCAACAAGUACAUUUCUCGCCCACGCCGCGUGGAGCUCGCGCUCACCCUCAGCCUCACCGAGAGACACAUCAAGAUCUGGUUCCAAAACCGACGCAUGAAGUGGAAAAAGGAGGAGGACAAGAGGAGAGCCAGAGGAGUGGACCCCGAACAGGAUUCCUCCAUCACGUCUGGGGAUUUGAAGGAUGAGUCGUGUGUCGCCCCGGGAACUGUAGCGGGACCCCCCUCACCCCUGCACAUACAUGCACCUCCAGUUCCACAAGACUCGUAAAACACACACU